AGAGGAAAUGUGGCCAGGAUCCUCAAAAAUAAUUGAAUUUCUUUUCCUUUCUCUCGACCUGUUGAUCAAUCCUUCAAGUCACGCUGAAUUCCCGUUUGCAAACGAGAUUGGCAAUACAAAGAUCCCGGAUGUUGAAAAUACUUUCGCUUUAGUUUUAGAAAUGAAAGUAGACGAAAUUUUUAUUGUUUCUGAACGCUCUGUUGUCAUAGCCCAUAAGUGCUAUACACUGACGUGCAGUACAUCUGCGAAAGAUGUCUUUCUUGAAAAUUUAAAGGAAGGAGAAAAUCACACACUUCCGUACUUUACUAGAGGGAAUACACAUUUUUAUUUCAUCAGAAGGGACAAAUUGUAUUUUGUUGCCACCACAACCAAAGAGAUUUCACCAAUAUUUGUCACAGAGAUUCUAACCAGACUAUACCAUGUUUUCAAAGAUUUCUGUGGUGUCGUCUCAGAGGACUCUCUGCAAGAAAACCUGCUUCUCAUUUUAGAGGUUUUAAAUGAGUAUAUGGACUUUGGAUUUGUUCAAUUGUCAACAACUGAAAAACUACAGCCUCACAUCCAGUCCACACCAGUUUUAACCAGAUUGAACCGACAACCAACACAAGACUUAACAUCAAGGGUGUUUGGUAUAGAGACAAAGACGGUCACUGCCCCGGCCAGAGAUAUCCCGGUCAUCCAUUCACCUGUCCACAAGGACAAGAGGAAGAACGAACUCUUUGUGGACGCCAUAGAGAAGAUCACCAGCGUAAUCAACGCUGACGGCAGUAUAGCUCGUAUUGAGGUCAAUGGUGUGGUGAAAGUCAAGAAUUUCCUGUAUGGCAGUCCUCAGGUCAAGGUCAUGUUGAAUGACAACAUCAUCAUCCAAAGGAAUUCCAGAAUUAAAGCCUAUGGAGAUAAUGUACAGUUGGAUACCUGCAUAUUCCACGAGACUGUCAAGGUAGAUAAUCCAGAUACUCCACGUACGCUGAUCAUUCAUCCGCAAAUAGGAGAGUUUACAUUGAUGUCGUACAGUGCCAGUGGUGAGGGCAGUGUUAUGUCCCCUUUUCAAUUUGUCUCCUCUGUUCAGCCAGUGGAACACAGCAGGGACGCGAUGGUGAGCCUGAGGAUAAAGAACAGGUUACCUGUGGCUCCUAUCAAUCUUCGACUGAAGUUUGGAGUCCCUCAUUCUGUGUCAAAUAUUUCCCAGCACCUGAACAGUCCUGAUGAGACAGCCUCCCUGGAUAAGACCGACAGUACAAUUCUAUGGAAAAUAAAAUCCCUGCCUCCUCAUGCUGAAUCCAUGGCUGAGUUCAGGCUAAUUAAUCAGUCUGCUGCACUAAGCAAGGAAGACGUGGGACCACUCAGGAUGGAGUUUGAAAUUUCUGGCUAUCUAUUGUCCGGUAUGAAGAUUAAAACUGUGAAAAUUGUGAACCAAGAGCAGACAACUCCACAAAAGUGGCUUCGAUAUAUCACUGUUAGUGAUUCAUUUCUAAUUAAACUUGUGUAGAUAAAUCAAAGAGAAGGCAAGAGGUUUACUAGGGAAAGAAUGAGAGGGAGUCUGAAAGUUAAACUAGAGGUUACUAGGGAAAGAAUGAGAGGGAGUCUGAAAGUUAAACUAGAGGUUACUAGGGAAACAAUGAAAGGGAGUUUGAAAGUUAAACUAGAGGUUACUAGGGAAACAAUGAGAGGGAGUUUGAAAGUUAAACUUGUGUAAGUAAAUCGGAGGUUACUAGGGAAAGAAUAAGAGGGAGUCUGAGAGUUAAACUAGAGGUUACUAGGGAAACAAUGAGAGGGAGUUUGAAAGUUAAACUAGAGGUGACUAGGGAAACAAUGAGAGGGAGUUUGAAAGUUAAACUUGUGUAAGUAAAUCGGAGGUUACUAGGGAAAGAAUAAGAGGGAGUCUGAGAGUUAAACUAGAGGUUACUAGGGAAAGAAUGAGAGGGAGUCUGAAAGAAAUCUAAAGCACAUUGUAAACCAGCUUUCAUUGGUGUGCGAGAAAUUGUUGGGAGUUCACAAGGACUUCAUCAUCACAAAUAUUUCUUGCCGCGAACCAGUCCUUCACAUCUUCAGGUUUUCGUUUCAAUCCGCUCCCUGCAGAGUUUGGCUAGCAAAGAUGGUCGUUCAUUGUUUCUGGUAUUUGUUUAAGAUGUAUGUACUCCAAGAGAAAUUGUUUAUGUUACAUGUAUAUCACUACAGUGACAGAUUGCCGUAACUGUAAUAAAUUGCUUAAAUUUAAUUUCUUAUCAUGAUUGACAUAUUGAUACAUAAUAAACACAGUUCUUCAA